AUUAAACAACUGUUAUUUUACAGUUUCACCUUUAAACUAAAAUGAGUGGCUGCCGUGUCUUCGUUGGACGUUUGAGCCCACAUGCCCGGGAACGGGAUGUGGAGAAAUUCUUCAAAGGAUAUGGACACAUACGUGAAAUCCAUCUGAAAAAUGGUUUUGGGUUUGUGGAGUUUGAAGAUCACAGAGAUGCUGAUGAUGCAGUUUAUGAACUGAAUGGUAAAGAACUGUGCAAUGAAAGGGUUACAAUUGAAUAUGCCAGGGCACGAAGAGGGAGAGGCAGAUUUCCACAACGGUUCAAUUAUUACCAGUCACGUAGCAGUGGAUCUGGCUGGUAUGGACCUCCUGUUCGUACUGAACACAGAAUUAUAGUUGAAAAUCUUUCUUCACGGAUCAGCUGGCAGGACUUGAAAGAUGUUAUGAGAAAGGCUGGAGAGGUGACCUAUGUGGAUGCGCACAGAAACAGGAAUGAAGGUGUUGUGGAGUUUGCAUCAUAUGACGACAUGAAGAGUGCAUUGGACAAGUUGGAUGGCACUGAGCUCAAUGGGCGCAAAAUUAAAUUAAUUGAAGAUCGCAAAUCACACAGAAGCAGGUCUCGUUCGAGAAGUUACUCAAGAUCUCGCAGCAAGUCCAAGUCUGCAAGGUCUUCUCGGUCAUCCAGUAGGUCUCGCUCUCGCUCUCGCUCUCGCUCUCGCACACCUGACAAAAAAUAUUCUCAGAAGAGCCACCACUCUGGUGUGCAGCCAUCUUCUCCAUCUCCUCGUUCUUCCAAGAAAAAAUCUCGUUCUCGGUCAAGCUCUGCUGAAAGCCGUAGUUAGUGUAUUCCAAAAGAUGUGCCAGUGUGUUUAAUUGGAGUCAUAUUUCCCUAAAAGCUUGAGACAAAUAACAAACAGGGGGGAAGGGGGGAGGGGGGGAGAGUUAACAUGAUGAGGGACUGUCCACCUUUUUCAUUACCAAAAUGCAUGUCAUCAGACUGCAGCACAUGUAACUGGCCUUCUCUAUCUCUGAUGGAGGUAGAGCAAGGGUUGCCAAUUAAUACAGUGCUUUAUUUCAUCAGUAAACAACAUCUCACCUAGUUGCAUGCACCAUGUACACAUAAUGUAAGGUUUCAGGUUGAGUCCAUACACUGCAUUUUUUUCAAAGAUCUUGCCUUCCAAAACCACACAUUUGUAUUAGUUUUGGGUGUUUUUUGUUUUUGUUUUUUUUUUUGGGGGGGGGGGGGGGGGGAGAGCGUGGGGGUGCAUCUGUAGAACCUGAAACAUAGAUUUUAUUCAUUAGUCAGACUUUCUUUUUUGUAAGUAGAUAACUUAAUUCUUUUAAUGGCUUAAUAUUUGGCUCAUCCCCAUUGCUGGGCUGAACUGCCCAUUAAAUUCCAUUCAUAGUAUACAGGUGUCCUUUAGUACUUGUCAGUACAUUACUGCCUAAUUAGGUAGUGAGUGAAUCAAUAUCUUAAGGAGUCAAUUUCCAGUUAUAGUGGGAUACACCAUGACCAGGUGACAAAAAUUAUCAGGAUUUUCUUUUAGUUAGUGAGACUUCCAGUAGGUAGGUGUAAGGAAGAGUGUGGAGGGCCCUCAUUUGACAGAUGAACCCGUUAGCAAUUCUAUCAGAUAUACAAGCCUCCUAUAUAUUUUCUGGUUUUUAAUAGUUUAUAAAAGCAGCAUAGCUUUCAUAUCCACAAGAGUAUGAUGCUAAAUAGUAUGAACAAAUGUGACUAACCAUAGUUAAAAUGGUUAAUGAAGGGAAAGUUUAUUUCAGAACCUGACAGCAGGAAAAAUUUCCAGUAAAAGUUUAGUUAAGGUCAUGACAGGAAAACUUGGUAAUGUCUAAGAUUAAAGAGAAAGGGUAUCUUCCUUAAAUUUACCAAAUGUGCAAUAGUUUUGAUUAAUAGGUAUUUCUACUGCAAAUAGUACUGUAGGUUCUUAUAGUUUAUUGUGAUUAGUAUUUUUUGGCUUUUGAAUAAUUAAAAGAAGGGGAAUCUUGUUGGAAAUAGUUUGUAAAUCACACCCUAAGGCAUACUUAUGUUAAACAUACAAUAAACAAGUGUCUUCUUGCUGA